CCUUUGCAAUUUGCCUUCAUCUUCAGUCAGCCGUCAUGUCGUCGUCCGACUACUGGAAGGACGAUGACUCGGAAUUUAUUGCUUUCUUGAACAAAGCUGAGUUACCAGACGACAUUCCCCGGCCUGUUCGAGCAUCCGAAACAACCCCACGUUUACUGGACGAAGAGCAAGAAGCCACUCAACCGAACCGGAAGAGACCUCGGUCCCCCAGCCCCAGAGAUGAGGGAGUCAGAAAGCCCAGCUCUAAACUUGCUCUUGUGGAUGAGAACAGUGAGGCGGCCGCGUAUAUGCAGUCAGAUAUUUACGGCGCGUCGAGUUUCGGCGGCUUCGGCGAGUAUAUGCAUCGAAAGCGUGCGAAGCUGCAAGUUCAGAAUGCUGAGAUGGGCACCAAAGGGAGCCCUUCAGUAAUUAGAAGCCGGAUAUUCAGUGGCCUGCAGAUAUAUAUCAACGGAUGGACACAGCCCUCUGUUCAGGACCUGCGCCAGCUUAUCAUUCAACAUGACGGCAUAUACCACGCAUACCUAGACAAGAAGAGCCUUGUUACGCAUAUAAUCACCUGCUCUCUAACUCCAGCGAAGGUCAAGGAGUUCCAGCAUAUGAAAGUGGUCAGGCCAGAGUGGCUCGUCCGGAGCGUCGAGGCAGGCUUUCUGCUCCCGUGGCAUGAUUUCAUCUUCAAACCUGGAGAGCGGAUAGAGGCAUCUCAAGGAAGACAGACCGCACAGAAAUCGCUCUUACACGGUUUCGUUGCCCCCAGCUCCAAGCCGGCAUCUCAGCUACCGCAAAGCAAGCAACAUUCUGCCACAGCCAGUCCAUAUGAUGGAGCGCAUAUAAUCACCUCCACGCCGUCCGCUCGUAUCGCCGGGCCCUCCGUGUCUCCGAAAAAGCUCACGCUCACUGUGUACCCAGAAGCAGCGCAUACAGCUGCUUCAGCAGGUCUCGUUUCAGCGUCUGGACCAUCAACGCCUCCGCAAACCCCACAAGAUUCGAAAUUUGCAGGCAGUUCGCCUGGUCGCCCUUCAUAUAUGACCGAUCCUGCAACGCCAGAGGAAGCAAAAAGAAUCCCGGGCUAUGCUGCGGACAAAACCAACGUUGCUGCACAACGAGCUAUGGCCGACCCGACGUGGCGUGCGGCGCACACCUCCGUAGCACCGGACUUCAUCGAAGGAUACUAUCGAAACUCUCGCCUGCAUCACCUAUCGACAUGGAAGGCUGAGUUGCGUAGCUUAGUUGCUGAGGCCCAGGAACGAGCAGAAGACGGUACGAUCAUCACUAUGGGAACAUUAGUCGACGGUUACAGCAGCUCGCAGUCGGUCUCGAAAAUCAUGCAGGAGAACAUGGAUAGGAAAGGAUGGGCUGCUGAUCCAACGGGGGAUAUUAGUAUGAAGGACGCGCAGCUUAUCAGGAAAAAGGGCGGGAAGGGUAAAGAAAAAGCUAUCGACACCGAUCAGGACCGGGUCAUCAUGCACUGCGACUUCGACAGCUUCUUCGUUUCCGCUGGUCUGGUAGACCGCCCACACCUUCGAGGCAAACCACUUGUUGUUUGUCAUUCGCAAGGCAAUCAGGGCGGACAGUCUAGCACCAGUGAAAUAGCCAGUGCGAGCUACGAGGCUCGACAGUUCGGCGUACGGAGCGGAAUGAGUUUGCAGCAAGCUCAGAAAUUGUGCCCCGAGCUGCAAACCAUGCCUUACGAGUUCCAGAAGUACAAACAACUAUCGCUACAAUUCUACACAAUUCUUAUGGCACACGCCGAUGAUCUUCAAGCAGUUUCUGUAGACGAGGCUAUAAUCGACGCGACAAGCAGUGUGCGGCGCAUCCGAAACGAAAUUUCUCUGAGCAAAGGUACCGAUAUCAUUACCACGGAUCCUGCGAAGGAUUUUGCGGAAGCUAUCCGUGCUCAAGCGAAGAAAACCAGUGGCUGUGAAGUCAGUAUAGGAAUUUCCCACAACAUUAUGCUUGCCCGGCUAGCAACUCGUCGAGCGAAGCCCGGCGGCUCAUUCCAUCUCCAGGCUGCUGACAUUGCUGAGUUCAUGGAACCCCUCGAUAUUGACGCCCUCCAUGGCUUUGGACACGCCACGCACCAGAAGGCCCAGGAGAAGCUUGGUACGACGAACCUUGGAGAACUGAGCAAGAAAAGUAAAGCUGUUCUCUGCGAUGCGCUCGGCAAGGGUACCGGCGAGACACUGUACAAUGCUCUCCGUGGUAUUGACCGUAGGAAGCUCGAGUCAGACAAGCCGCGAAAAAGUGUUUCAUGCGACAUUAAUUAUGGCAUCCGCUUCGACAAUAAUGAGCAGGUCGAAACCUUCAUAUUUCAACUUGCGGGGGAGGUGUCGAGGCGUCUCAACGAGAUCGACAUGCGUGGCCGUUCCUUAACUCUCAAGGUCCUCAAGCGAGAUCCGGCAACUCCGGUGGAGGCCCCGAAAUUCAUGGGGCAUGGCAUGUGCGUGUCAUUCACCAAGCAAGUCCAAAUGAUUGCUCCAGGUAACCGCGCGAUCAGCGACCCGAAGAUUAUUGGCGAGCACGCCUGGAAGUUACUCAGGAGUUUCAACAUUAACCCCAAAGAACUUCGAGGAAUUGGCAUUCAGAUCCAAAAAUUGGAGUCAUCCUCUGCUGUCAUUGCCAUCGAGGAGGGUCAAGCACUGCUUCCCUUCAGACCAGUGCCAAUUCCGGCGAAGGAGGCUGAAACUAACGCCGAUGAAGCGGCUGUCGCCUCGCAGGAGAUUGUCGAAGUAGAGCCGCCGUCGAAAAAUUCUCCUGCUCCUAUACGAUACAACCUGGACUUACCUUCUUUUUCUCAAGUUGAUAUGUCUGUGCUUCAGGAACUGCCCGAAGACGUCCGCCAGGAACUCGAAGCUGAGUACAAACGACGUUCUAAGGUACCAGACGUUGCAGAAGCCCCGAAACCUGCUCGGGCUGUCUCCGUGCCGGUGGAGGACCAGAAGAAAACCACAGUCAAGAGUGCUAGCGUGAAGCGCAUUGCACGCCAGUUAGCUCCGAGAAGCCGAGCUAGCAUGUCGCCGACGAAGAACAAGCUCUUCGCAAAGCAACCACCUCCAACCCAGCUUAAUAUCAGCGAGAGUGAACUUAAUAAACUGGGAUUGGACCCGGCCGUCUUCGUGGUAUUGCCGGUUGACCUGCAACGAGAGCAGCUGGCGUUCGCAAGGCAACGUAACGUAUCCGGUGGGCCUGGUCUCGCCCUAGGGGGCCAAAAGAAGGUCCUCAAACCGGUUUCUCGCGCACGUCCAUUCGAAGGCGGUGUUGUGGUGCCGCGACCGCCGCCGCCACAAGCCAAUCAUCCAAUCCCACCGACGCUGAAGCAGCAAGGCAACGUGAAAGGCGAGAAGCUAUACUUUACGCGAACGGGCGAUGUGCAAAAUGUCAUCGGAGCGUGGGUCGACCGCUUCAAGGAGCAUCCACCGAACGAGAAAGACAUACAGUUCUUCGCCAAGUUUCUUGUGCAGUGUGUAGACGGCACGCGCUCGACAGACUCAGGAGUUGAGAAGGCUGUGGCUAUCAUGAAAUGGUGGCUUGUGCUUCUGCGGAGGCAUUUCUCACCAUGGGAGGAGUUUGCUGAUGAUGACGAGGAUGAAUGCAGAACCAGUGCGUCUGAGUUCACCGGACGUGCGUGGUGGAAGGCUUUCCGUCAUGUCAAGGAACAACUUGACACUAUUGCCAGGAAGAAGUUCGGGGGCUGUUUGUCUCUGAGAUAGCGAUAUCGUCCACGCAUGUAGCAUUAGUAUACCCGAUCCACUGGAUACCAAAUGUUAUAUCAUUCACUACUUAUGCAAAG